GCGAAUGCGGCGGCGGCGGCGGCGCGGCGCGUGAAGGGGCCGCGUCUGGCCGAGGAGGGCGCCGCCAACAUGUCGGAUACCAAGGUAAAAGUUGCCGUCCGGGUCCGGCCCAUGAACCGACGAGAACUGGAACUGAACACCAAGUGCGUGGUGGAGAUGGAAGGGAACCAGACGGUCCUGCACCCCCCUCCUUCCAACACCAAGCAAGGAGAAAGAAAACCUCCCAAGGUAUUUGCCUUUGAUUAUUGCUUUUGGUCCAUGGAUGAAUCGAACACCACAAAAUAUGCUGGUCAAGAAGUAGUUUUCAAGUGCCUUGGGGAAGGAAUUCUUGAAAAAGCCUUUCAGGGAUACAAUGCUUGUAUUUUUGCAUAUGGUCAGACAGGUUCCGGAAAGUCUUUCUCCAUGAUGGGCCACGCCGAACAGCUAGGCCUUAUCCCAAGGCUCUGCUGUGCUUUGUUUAAAAGGAUCUCUGUGGAGCAAAAUGAGUCACAGACCUUUAAGGUUGAAGUAUCCUACAUGGAAAUUUAUAAUGAGAAGGUUCGGGACCUCUUAGACCCCAAAGGGAGUAGACAGUCUCUUAAAGUUCGAGAACAUAAGGUACUAGGACCGUAUGUAGAUGGCUUGUCUCAACUGGCUGUCACCAGUUUUGAGGAUAUUGAGUCGCUGAUGUCUGAGGGAAAUAAGUCUCGGACAGUAGCUGCGACCAACAUGAAUGAAGAAAGCAGCCGCUCCCACGCUGUGUUCAACAUUGUCAUCACACAGACACUGUAUGACCUGCAGUCUGGGAACUCAGGGGAGAAAGUCAGUAAGGUCAGCUUGGUAGACCUGGCGGGGAGUGAGAGAGUGUCGAAAACGGGAGCUGCGGGCGAGCGACUGAAAGAAGGCAGCAACAUUAACAAAUCACUCACAACCUUGGGGUUGGUUAUAUCAUCAUUGGCCGACCAGGCAGCUGGCAAAGGCAAAAACAAAUUUGUGCCUUAUCGAGAUUCCGUCCUUACUUGGCUUCUGAAGGACAAUUUAGGGGGCAACAGCCAGACCUCUAUGAUAGCCACCAUCAGCCCAGCUGCAGACAACUAUGAAGAGACACUGUCCACGCUGAGAUACGCAGAUCGAGCCAAGAGAAUUGUGAACCAUGCUGUGGUGAAUGAGGAUCCCAACGCCAAGGUCAUCCGAGAAUUGCGGGAGGAAGUAGAGAAACUGAGAGAGCAGCUCUCACAGGCCGAGGCCAUGAAGGCCCCCGAGCUGAAGGAGAAGCUUGAGGAGUCUGAAAAGCUGAUUAAGGAGCUAACGGUGACGUGGGAAGAGAAACUGAGGAAAACAGAAGAGAUCGCACAGGAGAGACAGCGACAGCUGGAGAGUAUGGGGAUCUCCCUGGAGACUUCCGGGAUCAAGGUGGGCGAUGACAAGUGCUACCUUGUCAACCUGAAUGCAGACCCUGCUCUCAAUGAACUUCUGGUUUACUAUUUAAAGGAUCACACCCGGGUGGGUGCAGAUACGUCUCAGGAUAUCCAGCUCUUUGGAAUAGGGAUUCAACCUGAGCACUGUGAGAUCGAUAUCGCAGCUGACGGAGACAUCACCCUUACUCCAAAAGAAAACGCUAGGUCCUGUGUAAAUGGCACCCUUGUCUGCAGUACCACCCAGCUAUGGCACGGUGACAGAAUCUUAUGGGGAAAUAACCACUUUUUUAGAAUUAAUUUACCUAAGAGGAAACGGCGAGACUGGUUGAAAGACUUUGAGAAAGAAACAAGUCCCUCGGAGCACGACCUGGAUGCAGCGAGCGAGGCUUCCUCAGAACCAGACUACAACUAUGAGUUUGCGCAGAUGGAAGUCAUAAUGAAAACGCUGAACAGCAAUGACCCAGUUCAGAACGUGGUUCAGGUCCUGGAGAAGCAGUACCUGGAAGAGAAGAGGAGCGCCCUGGAGGAGCAGCGGCUCAUGUACGAGCGUGAGCUGGAGCAGCUCCGCCAGCAGCUGUCCCCGGAGAGACAGCCGCAGAGCAGCAGCCCCGACCGCCUGGCCUACAGCAGCCAGGCCACCCAGUGGGCUGAGGAGAGAGAUGAACUCUUUAGGCAAAGCCUGGCCAAGCUCCGAGAGCAGCUGGUGAAAGCGAACACCCUGGUGAGGGAAGCGAACUUUCUAGCUGAGGAAAUGAAGAAGCUCACUGACUACCAAGUGACUCUGCAGAUACCAGCGGCCAACCUCAGUGCCAACAGAAAGAGGGGGGCCAUAGUGAGCGAGCCAGCUAUUCAAGUGAGGAGAAAGGGGAAAAGCACCCAGGUUUGGACCAUCGAGAAGCUGGAGAAUAAAUUAAUCGAUAUGAGAGAACUUUAUCAAGAAUGGAAGGAAAACAUUCCUGAGGCAAAGAGGCUCUAUGGGAAGCGAGGUGACCCUUUUUAUGAAGCUCAAGAGAAUCACAACCUCAUUGGUGUGGCCAAUGUGUUCUUGGAAUGUCUGUUUUGUGAUGUGAAGCUUCAGUAUGCAGUGCCCAUCAUCAGCCAGCAGGGGGAGGUUGCCGGGCGUCUCCAUGUGGAGGUGAUGCGCGUUACAGGAGCUGUCCCAGAACGUAUGGUGGAAGACGACUCUUCAGAGAACUCCAGUGAAAGUGGGAGCCUGGAAGUUGUGGACAGCAGCGGAGAAGUCAUCCACCGAGUCAGAAAGCUGACGUGCCGGGUAAAAAUUAAAGAGGCCACUGGUCUCCCCUUAAGCCUCUCAAAUUUCGUCUUCUGUCAGUAUACCUUCUGGGACCAGUGCGAGUCUACAGUGGCUGCUCCGGUGGUAGACCCAGACGUGCCUUCACCUCAGACCAAGGAUGCCCAGUACACAGUCACCUUCUCUCACUGUAAGGACUAUGUGGUGAACGUCACCGAAGAGUUCCUGGAGUUCAUUUCUGACGGAGCGCUGGCCAUUGAAGUGUGGGGCCACAGGUGUGCUGGAAAUGGAAGCUCCAUCUGGGAGGUGGAUUCGCUCCAUGCAAAGACGAGAUCCUUACAUGACAGGUGGAAUGAAGUAACUCGUAGAAUAGAAAUGUGGAUCUCCAUAUUAGAACUGAAUGAGCUAGGGGAAUAUACAGCAGUGGAGCUCCAUCAGGCCAAAGAUGUCAACACUGGCGGCAUCUUCCAACUCAGACAGGGUCACUCUCGUAGAGUGCAGGUCACAGUACAACCUGUGCAGCAUUCAGGGACACUGCCACUCAUGGUUGAAGCCAUCCUGUCGAUAUCCAUUGGCUGCGUGACUGCCAGGUCCACCAAGUUGCAAAGAGGGCUGGACAGUUACCAGAGAGAUGAGGAGGAUGGUGAUGAUAUGGAUAGUUAUCAGGAAGAAGACUUAAACUGUGUAAGAGAGAGGUGGUCAGAUGCACUCAUUAAACGACGGGAAUACUUAGAUGAACAGAUUAAAAAAGUCAGCAAUAAAAAAGAGAAAACGGAGGAUGAUGUGGAGCGGGAGGCCCGGCUGGUGGAGCAGUGGGUGGGGCUGACGGAGGAGAGAAAUGCGGUGCUGGUGCCCGCCCCUGGCAGUGGGAUCCCGGGGGCGCCUGCUGACUGGGUCCCACCUCCUGGAAUGGAAACGCACAUACCCGUUCUCUUCCUUGAUCUGAACGCGGAUGACCUGAGCGCCAAUGAGCAGCUGGUGGGGCCCCAUGCGUCGGGGGUGAACUCCAUCCUGCCCAAGGAGCACGGCAGCCAGUUCUUCUACCUGCCCAUCAUAAAGCACAGUGAUGAUGAGGUUUCAGCCACGGCCUCCUGGGACUCCUCGGUGCAUGAUUCUGUUCACCUGAAUCGGGUCACCCCACAGAACGAAAGGAUCUACCUGAUUGUAAAGACCACGGUCCAGCUCAGCCACCCAGCAGCUAUGGAAUUAGUGUUACGGAAGCGGAUCGCAGCCAAUAUUUACAACAAACAGAGUUUCACCCAGAGCUUGAAGAGGAGAAUAUCCCUGAAAAAUAUAUUUUAUUCUUGCGGUGUGACCUAUGAGAUCGUGUCCAAUAUACCAAAGGCGACCGAGGAAAUUGAGGACCGGGAAACACUGGCUCUGCUGGCGGCUCAGAGUGAGAACGAGGGAACCUCAGAUGGGGAGACGUACAUCGAGAAGUACACGCGUGGCGUGCGACAGGUGGAGAACAUUCUGAGUCUUGAGCGGCUCCGGCAGGCUGUCACUGUCAAGGAAGCUCUUUCCACCAAGGCUCGGCACAUUCGGAGGAGCCUCAGUACCCCAAAUGUCCACAAUGUCUCUUCCAGUCGGCCAGAUCUCUCUGGCUUUGAUGAAGAUGAUAAGGGCUGGCCAGAGAACCAGUUAGACGUGUGUGACCACAGCUCCAGUUACCAAGAUGUCGCAUGCUAUGGAACUUUACCCAGGGACUCGCCUCGGAGGAGCAAAGAAGGCAGUGGUUGUCCGUUGGAGAAUCCUCAUGCCUUAACGGUCAGCCCUUUUAAAGCAUUCUCUCCUCAGCCGCCAAAGUUUUUCAAACCCCUAAUGCCUGUAAAAGAGGAACAUAAGAAAACGCUAGCUCUCGAAGCAAGACCUCUCCUCAGCCAAGAGAGCAUGUCUCCAUCUCAGGCACAUAACCCUGGCUGCACUGUACCCUCAGGAAGCCAUAGCAGCAGCAUGCCAGUAGAACACAGUAGCAAACGUGAGAAGAAGAUUGACUCUGAAGAGGAGGAAAGUGAGCUGGAAGCCAUGAACAGGAAGAUGAUGAGUUCACAGCCUUAUGUACCUGUGGAGUUUGCUGACUUCAGUGUUUACAAUGCCAGCUUGGAGAGCCGGGAGUGGCUUUCUUCUAAAGCAGAUCUGACAAACUCCCGGGUCUUGGAGAAGGAGGUGUCUCGUAGCCCUACCACCAGCAGUAUUACCAGUGGCUACUUCUCCCACAGUGCGUCCAACGCCACUCUGUCUGACAUGGCAGUUCCCUCCAGCGACAGCUCAGACCAGCUCGCCACACCGAUGAAGGAGGCUGACUGCAGUGAGCAUUCUGGACCGUCUCUUGCACCUGACUUCAGACCAUCUUCAAACAAAGAGCCAGCAGAAGUAGAAAGAGGCUUAGGGAGAGAUCAGGUAUUCACCGUGCCACUCCGAGAAAACAGUGCCUUACCCAAAGGGAGCCCAUCACCCCAGAGCAUCCCUGAGAGAAACUCCAGAAUGCCAUGCAGGACAGUUUCAUGUUCAGAACUGGAUGCUGGCCCCAGCAGGAAAGGCCAACCAGUCAGAGAGUUCUGCCCAGGAGAAGUGACAGUAGAGCACAUCACCAACAUCCUGGAGGACCACUUCUUCACAGAGUUCAUGGGUGUGUCAGAUGGCAAAGACUUCGAUGGUUUGACAGACUGUUCCAUUGGAGAGCCCUCCAGGAGGGAUCUACCAAAUCAAGCAGGCUGUAAGAGUGUCCCGGAUGGACCCGGAGUUGAUCAGCUGCAUUCCAAGCUAGAGAAUGACCAGGGAGCCACAGCCACACGGUAGGCGGCAUCAGGUGUCUGCUGGACCCAGCUUGGCAGCUCUAUUCACUGGUCACCCUGGGAAAGCACCUGCGUCUUCAGACAACUGCAAUCCAGCCUGACCUCAGACCAGCAUGGGGGGCGCCCUGCACUUCCCUUCCCCAGUGGGAGAAGCAGCACUUUGUCACAUGGGUGAAUCACAGCCCCUGCUCUUUCCAGAAAACAAGAGAACUGCAAUCCUGGCUUGACUGACAGUAUUUUCGUUUGCACUUCCUACACGUCCCCACCGUGUAGAGACCUCCACAGACUCUAACAAACUUUGUUCUUGUACAAUUUUCAUCAAUUCUUACUGUCGACUCUCGAGUCAAUGCUCUGAUUUUUAUAUAAAUAAUAUAUAUUAUGUAUAUGAAUUGUGUAUCUAUAGUAUGUCUAUUUAGAGGCAGACAAGGCUGCACACUAAAAUGCAGAUAAGUGAUUUGUCCAAAAUCACAAGGUACUGGACUUCGUUACAAAGCAACUUGGGUGAUAGCUUUUACAUGAACAGAUGAAAAGCUCUUUUAUCACCUAAGAAUGAGGUUCCAAAUCCCUCUGUACAGGAAAGGUUACAGACGCUGUUCUUUAUAACCAAAGAACUUCCACAAGACUGAACAUUUUUACUGUCACUCUUAUUGUGUGUGAGCGUCUAUAUCUGACUGUAAGUCUGGUGCCAUGCUGCCCUCGGCCACCAAGCCACGUGCUGCCAUUCUCUGUCCCAUUCCCUAAGCACACUGAGAAAUCUCACAGCCAUCCAUAACCUUCGGUCUUCCACCUGGCCUGACACCUGCUGACUUGACCUUGACCAUUGACAAUGCCUGGGGCUCCAACUCCAGCCCAGCAUUUCCCAUAACCUGUUCAGCUCAUCCAAGCUAGUGGAGUGAACAGGGCAGUAUUACAAUAACCAAAUACAACAGAGUACCGGGAGGUGGGGUGCUGGGGGAAAGAGUCUUGAUUUGGGGGUUCUUUAUGGGUUCCUUUCUGAUGGGUAGUUUUUUGUGGUGGUGUGGUUUUGCUGUUUCGCUUGAUUCUGAAGAAUGCUAAAGAGAUGGGCUGAGCUACACAGUUCACAGGUUCACACAUCACCUUCUUUGAGGGAACUGAAUACAGAGCACGUCGUUUCAUUUCUUCAUUUGCAAAGCUCUCCGAGCAGAGACAGUGUAGAAUUAUGUGUGGGAUUUUUACAAAAGUAUUUUAUGUACCUGUUCUGUAGAUGCCUGUACAAUUGACCUCUCUGUACAGCUUCAUGUGUGUUGUGAGAGAAAGCGAGAGAGCUUGUAUGCAGCCUGAUGUACCUUUUCAAGUUCUUAGCAUCAGUGAGUGAGAUGUUGGAGAUUUUAUUGAAAAGCUGCUGUUCAUGAUUUGUGUGUAUAGUGAGCUGACUGUAGUAUUUACCAUCGUCUGUUUUAAAACAACAACAAAAAACUGUAAUUUAUAUCCCCUUUCAACUAUAUUGUAUUUAAUUGGUACAGAUUUGUGCGUGCUUUAGAAUACAAACUGUCUAAUUCAGAUUUU